AUGGUUGAUUUACUCGACCUACCGACAGAGAUCGUCCAGCGCGUCUUCAACACACUAGCCAGAAAGCAUGGUAUACCAGCAGCGUGGUUGGCUCGAGGAACCUGCACCUCGUUUCGCGAUUACAUCACGUACGACAUCCUCGCCAACCCAGCGCUUCACGCCUACCUCAAGACGCCUGCCGGUCGCAAGAUCCUCAAGGAGUACCUCGCCGACUUCCUCUUCGUGCGAAGCAAGAAGCUCAACGGCUUCGCACGCAGCCAUGUGACGGACUUUAUCCGCGCUAUUCUGCGUGCGAUGAGCCGAUGGAUCGCCAACGACACUGAAGAGGCUGCACUCAGGAGAGCGCUGUGUGAGCUAUUCGUUCGCAACCACAGCGACGCGUUCAGAUGCGUUACUACUGACUUCAACAAAUUGGGAUACUACAUGCCGAACACCAUCCGGAUCACUGAUGCUGCGCUGAUUGCUGCAGCCGCCGCAACCGGAAAGCUCGACGCGUUGAAGCACUUCGUCGGCGCUAAUAAGUGUCUGCUGUGGUCGCAGUCACUGGCUUUUGGUUACCCACUUGACGCCGCGGUGUAUGCGAGACAGGAUGUUGUCACCAAGUCGAUCGUGAAGCAGGCAGUCACCAAUCAGAACCGUGACAUCGCUGGAUACCAAUACAGCGAGCAUAUAUCCUUCCGCCAAGCCAUCUGCACUACCAUCGAACUGGAAGAUCACCUUAAGACCAACUAUCUCCUGGCAAAGUACAUCACCGCAUUCAGUUCCGCAACCGAAGCCUGCAUGAAAGCCUGGCUGAACAAAGCCAUCCAGACCAGCAACGAAGAAAUCCUCAAGCUUCUUCUUGCUUUGCCUUCGCAAACCGGUCCGUCAACCAUCUACGCCGCUUUCGAAACAGCGUGUCGUCUUUCAAAGCCAGAACUCCUCCAUCUACUCUUCGGUCCUCAGAUCGGUCAGACCACCCUAGCCAUCAACCAAGUCCAAGGCUCCACAUACGCCCUCCUCACCGCCGUCAACGCAUGCACAACACCAGCCGCUGGCACCUUCAUCAAGGCGCUGUUGAACCUAGGCGCCGAUCCCAACGGUCCCGUGUAUCUAGCCGGUCUCGAGCGGCCUCUUCGAGCAGCGAUGCGUUAUGACCGCAGCAUCGCUUGUCUGGUCUUACUUGAAGCUGGUGCUAAUCCGUAUUUGGUCACACCUGGAAGUUUGGCGUGGGUUGAGAGUGUGAAGAUGAGGUACCAGGAGGAUACGUGGGCGGGAAGGAUGUUCAGGGAUGCGCUUGAGGUUUGCGAGGUGCCUGCGGUGGCUAGGGAUGAGGACUUUCUUGUUGAGGUGGAUUAG